AUGGCGGAGCUGCAGCUGGACCCGGCGAUGGCGGCGGGGCUGGGGGAGGCGGGCCGCGGCCCCCCGAGCCCUCGCCCCGCCGGCCCCACGCCCCGCGGCCACGCUCGGCCCUCGGCGCUGCUGGAGCCCGGCCCGGGGCCCCCCGAGCGGGCAGGGGGAGCGGGCCGCUGGGUCCGGCUCAACGUGGGCGGCACCUACUUCGUGACCACCCGGCAGACCCUCGGCCGCGAGCCCAAGUCCUUCCUCUGCCGCCUGUGCUGCCAGGAGGAUCCCGAGCUGGAUUCGGACAAGGAUGAGACGGGGGCCUACCUGAUCGACAGGGACCCCACCUACUUUGGUCCCAUCCUAAACUACCUCCGCCACGGGAAACUCAUCAUCACCAAGGAGCUGGCUGAAGAAGGUGUGCUGGAGGAAGCUGAGUUUUACAACAUCGCAUCUCUCGUGCGACUGGUUAAGGAAAGGAUACGGGAUAAUGAGAACAGAACUUCGCAGGGCCCCGUGAAGCACGUAUACCGAGUGCUGCAGUGCCAGGAGGAGGAGCUCACGCAGAUGGUCUCCACUAUGUCGGAUGGCUGGAAAUUUGAGCAGCUCAUCAGCAUCGGCUCUUCCUACAACUACGGGAAUGAGGACCAGGCCGAGUUCCUGUGCGUGGUGUCUCGGGAGCUGAACAACUCCACCAACGGCAUCGUCAUCGAGCCCAGCGAGAAGGCCAAGAUCCUGCAGGAGCGGGGGUCUCGAAUGUAGCCGGGGGACCG